GUGACGGACAGACCAUUUCCGCCCACAGCCAGCACCAGGCGGGCUCCCCCGUCCCGUCAACCCCACAUCAGUGCGUUUCCGGCGCCGAAGUACCACUGGUCUGUGGUCCAUUCCGUCACAGCGUACCGUGGGCCUACUCCUAACAACCACGCCAUUUCAAGACCACGUUGCGUUGGCACAACUGCAAAUGCUGCCAAGAUGUUGAACUGUAGCGAAGAAACGCCACAAGCGGCAGAAUAUUUGCAACAACUGGGGCAGGCAGAAGAAGCUAUCAUCGUUUCUGCCACGUUCGUGACGUUCUUCACUCUGUUCCUGUUCAUGGAGGAGCUGUGUUUCGCCACCAGACGCCUGCCGGGGAGGAACACCAGGAACAGAAUCGUCUGGAUCCUCGGAACCUACCCGGUCUUCUCCCUGACAUCGCUGAUGAGUCUCUACAUCCCGAGGUCAAACCUGAUUGGUGGAUUUGCGGCUAACAUCUAUUUCGCAGUUGCAGUGUAUCAGUUCUUCAUGCUGAUAGUGGACUACUUCGGUGGUGAUGAGGAACUGGUGACAACGUUGUCUGGUUUGAAGGUAUCCCUCCGCCGCCCACCAUGUUGUUGCUGUUGCUGCUGUCUGCCGCAAGUAGACAUGACACUAGGCACGCUUGGGCGGCUGAAGCUGGCGGUGAUGCAGAUGGCCAUCAUGCGGCCCAUCCUGUACUUCAUCGCGCUGGUCACCUGGAGCGACGGGAAGUACGGCCUGGGACAGAUGGAGUCCGGACCAAGCGUGAACAACUUCGUGGAGGGGUUGGAAACGAUAUCUACUCUGUUCGGUAUCUACGGGUUCGUGGUGCUACAGCCCUGCGUUACCAAACCUCUCAAGGGGAAGAGCAUCUCACUGAAGAACCUGCUUGUUCAGAUUGCAGCAGCUCUGGCAGGGAUACAGAAAAUGCUGCUGAGUUUGUUGGCCUCGUUCCGUGUCAUCCCUUGUGGACCUCAGUUCUCAGCCAAGACGCGAGCGGACUACAUCCAUAACUGCCUGAUCAUCCUGGAGAUGAUGGUCGCGGCUCUGGUGGCCCGGUGGGUGUUCACCAGGAAUGACCACGAUGUCUUGCUACCGAUACCUAGUACGGACACAGACGUGGAGGACCCUAUACAACUGGAGGGCAAAGAAAAAGAAAAACUACAGUCAAAGGCGGAGGAAAGGGCUCAUUGUCUCUCAUGUGGUGAGAAGAAGACGUCCAAGUCGUCCGGUGAUCUCAAACCUAAGGCUGAAGCGAACGGAGGGCCGGGCGGUGUCGCGCAUUGGAAGAAGCGCCAUCGCCCUGCACCGGCCAGGAGCGAGGGAGACCUCCACUAUGUCAAACUUCGUAAUGAUACAGAUCUUUUACAAUACAAGGCAGACAUACCGUCACUUCCGAACAGUGACGUAAAAACUCAGCAUUGCGAUUGUUCAGGUGGAGAGAAUUCGGAAACAGGACAUGAUAGUGCAGAGGAGCUGGAGCCACCUGUACAUAGCUCUGAGGACUUACGGGCAAUUCAAGCGAAGCAUGACCUUCCUGAUGAUGGGGAUAGGGAACAGGAAGGGGUGUGGCUCAUGACAAACUCUGAAAGAGGACGAGAGAGGAGAAACAGCUCCACAGUAUAACACUCAUGACUUCCUGCGUGCCUUUGAGAAAACGCUUGGCAAAACUUGCUAUUUUUGCAUUCGACAAAGAUAUCGUCAAUAUCAACGAUAAUUGAGAGAUGAAGUGUAACCCCAAAAACAAUCUAUGAUUUUUUAAAAUAAUUUGUGAACCUGAGUCGCAG